AAAAAAAAAAAAAAAAAAAAAAGCCGGGCCCCAGGUGGCUGUGGCAGGCCAGGCUGGAUUGAACUGGAAAACCAUGCAGAGGGGAGACUUUUCCUGGGAGGGAAGGAGUAGGAAGACAUCCACUCAAGUUUCACCCACUAAUCCCAGCCCAGCCCCAACAAUCAUCCUGAGUUUCCCCAGUUUCUGCCCAAUUGCCUCACUGCCUUCCCUCUGGGACCUGUGCUGUUACCUGGUCACAUCCCCACACUCCCGGAGCUCUCCUCUUUCCUGCAGCUUUGCUGCGCUGCUCUCACCGCCAGAUGUACCCCCAGGCUGCUGUUGUAGCUAAUCCUGCCUGGAUGUCUCCAGGGCGCCCUCUCUGACCCACAGACCCAGCCCAUUUAAUCCCUCAAUCAAUUCAUUUGAUAUAUUGUCACUGAGAGCCUACCAUGAUGGGCUACGUAGUGUUCUUUCAGAGGAGAGUCAGUGAGUCUUUAACUCCUGCCUUCGUGGAGCUUUCAUUCUGAUAGGACAAGGCAGGCAAUAAACUAAAAUUUAAAAGUAAAUUUUAUAUAUAUAUAUAUAUAUAUAUAAUUUUACAUAUAUAUAUAAAAAUAUAUAGUGUGUUAGAAGAGAGAAAUUGUAGGAAGCAAAAUAGGGAGAGUGGCAUGGAGGGGGCAUUAUCUGUCACCUGGAUUGCUGCAGGGGCCUCUGAGUAGUCUCCCUACUUUUAUCUGCACCCCACAUGACCCCUGCUCUUCACAACGGCAAGCAGGAUUCUGUUCCAUCCUAGAUCGUACCACAUGUGGCCUCUGCUCAGAAUCCUCCUGUGACUCCCAUCUCAUUCAGAGGAAAAAGUUCUCGCCACAGCCUCCCUGAUCUGACCUCACCACCUUUCUGACCUCGCCUGCCACCACAUUCCCCUGACUCACUGUGUUCCACCCACAGUGGCUUCCUUGCUCUUCCUCAAAUAUGCCAUGUAGAGUCCCACCUCAGGGCCUUUGCUCUGGCUGUUCCCCCUGCCUGGACUUCUCUUCCCCGAGAUAUCCGCAUGACUCACUCUCUCACCUCCCUUAGGUCUGUGCUCAGAUGACACCUCCUCUGUGAAGCCUCCCCUGUCCACCUCAUCUAAAACUGCAGCAUCUUCCCCACCCCUAGCACUUCCUAUCUUCCUUCCCUCCUUUAUGUUUAUUCCUAGGAACUUGUCAUCAUCUGACAUAUAUACUUCACCCGUGUCUCUUCUUUGUUAUCUAGAAUGUCAGUUCCACAAGGGCCGGGAUCUUUAUCUGUGUAGUUCACAGCUGUAUCCCCAAUACCUAGAACAAUGCCUGGCACACAGAUCCUUGAUAAAUAUUUUUUCAGUGUAUGAAUGAAUAUGCACAAGCAUACCUACAUGUUUAUAUUCACACAUACUCGCCUCCUCACCUAAAAUAAAAACCAAAGUCCCCAUCGUGGCCCACAACCCUACCCAAUCUGGCCCCAAGGCACCUCUGCGACUUCACCUUCCACCACUGUCUCCCUUGCUCUUACCGUUCCUGCCUCACUCAUCUUCCUGCUGUUCCUCUAGCAUACUAAACACAUUCCUCAUCAUGAAUAAAGAAAUCUAUUAAGUGAGUGGUACCAGCAUUUUAAGAACACAUGAAAGAGAAUAAAAAUGAAUGGGGUACAUUGCAUACAGGUUCAGUACUGUUUUGUGAAACUUUUGGUUGAGCUGUGUGUGUGUGUGCAUGCAUGUGUAGCGGGUUGUGAUGUAAAAUGUAUUUUUUUACUAUGGGUGGCAGUAAAAAAAAAGUCUGAACACAACCUUAGAGCUUUGCAAAGGGGAAGAAGAGCUGCACCAACAUCCCUGCCCCACAGAUCCACCAAUGGAGGAAACAGGUAACCAAAGACAUCCAAAGAAAUGCAGCAUCCUCACCUGACAAGGAGCAGGUGCAAUGUAGCAGGACAACUCAUGGAGCCCCCCCGGGUCCAUCGAGUACCGGACUGGCUGACCCCCUAGGGUUGGCAGUAGCCCCUGACCCUCAGUAUGGCCAACACCACCGGAGAGCCUGAGGAGGUGAGCGGCGCUCUGUCCCCACCGUCCGCAUCGGCUUAUGUGAAGCUGGUACUGCUGGGACUGAUUAUGUGCGUGAGCCUGGCGGGUAAUGCCAUCUUGUCCCUGCUGGUGCUCAAGGAGCGUGCCCUGCACAAGGCUCCUUACUACUUCCUGCUGGACUUGUGCCUGGCUGAUGGCAUACGCUCUGCCGUCUGCUUCCCCUUUGUGCUGGCUUCUGUGCGCCAUGGCUCUUCAUGGACCUUCAGUGCACUCAGCUGCAAGAUUGUGGCCUUUAUGGCCGUGCUCUUUUGCUUCCAUGCGGCCUUCAUGCUGUUCUGCAUCAGCGUCACCCGCUACAUGGCCAUCGCCCACCACCGCUUCUACGCCAAGCGCAUGACACUCUGGACAUGCGCAGCUGUCAUCUGCAUGGCCUGGACCCUGUCUGUGGCCAUGGCCUUCCCACCUGUCUUUGACGUGGGCACCUACAAGUUUAUUCGGGAGGAGGACCAGUGCAUCUUUGAGCAUCGCUACUUCAAGGCCAAUGACACACUGGGCUUCAUGCUUAUGUUGGCUGUGCUCAUGGCAGCUACACAUGCUGUCUAUGGCAAGCUGCUCCUCUUCGAGUAUCGUCACCGCAAGAUGAAGCCAGUGCAGAUGGUGCCAGCCAUCAGCCAGAACUGGACAUUCCAUGGUCCCGGGGCCACCGGCCAGGCUGCUGCCAACUGGAUCGCCGGCUUUGGCCGUGGGCCCAUGCCACCAACCCUGCUGGGUAUCCGGCAGAAUGGGCAUGCAGCCAGCCGGCGGCUACUGGGCAUGGACGAGGUCAAGGGUGAAAAGCAGCUGGGCCGCAUGUUCUACGCGAUCACACUGCUCUUUCUGCUCCUCUGGUCACCCUACAUCGUGGCCUGCUACUGGCGAGUGUUUGUGAAAGCCUGUGCUGUGCCCCACCGCUACCUGGCCACUGCUGUUUGGAUGAGCUUCGCCCAGGCUGCCGUCAAUCCGAUUGUCUGCUUCCUGCUCAACAAGGACCUCAAGAAGUGCCUGAGGACUCACGCCCCCUGCUGGGGCACAGGAGGUGCCCCAGCUCCCAGAGAACCCUACUGUGUCAUGUGAAGCAGGCUGGUAGGCAGACAGGCAGAGAGAAGGUCAUGGCCACUGUGAUGGGGCCAACAGCAAGGGAGGGGUAGGGGCCCAUACAGGAGUCCUCCUUUCUGAGCUCCAGCCCCAGCCCCUCGAACCACCUGUAAUCUAGGCACCUUUGCCAACACCUCCCAAGGAUGGAGGACUAGGCGAGGGACUGGGAAAGAGGCAUAUUUAGUUUUGUGGGGCCUGUCUCCGCUGCCUCCUUCUCCACUUCUACAAUCUCAUUCUCUCUUUCUUUCUCUCUCUCUCUCUCUCUCUCAGAAGUGACAAUUCAGAAAAAGAAAAGAACACUGAGAAUGCAGGUUUUUCUACUAACAGCUGAGGAGACAGGCUUUCUUACUUUAAUGUCUCUCCUUCUGACACUGUCCAGAAGGGGGAAAUUUGUCCUGUAAAAUAGACUUCCAGAGCUUUUUUGCCCCCUCUGCUCCCAUGCACCCUCCCCUUCCAAGUCCUUUAGCAAGGCCUGGAUGUUUAGGGAGAAAGUGGUCCAAGGCUGCUGACAAGAGGGACCAAAGGGGGUGCUGGGUUCCCAGGGAGCAGGGAUGUUUAAUUACUAUGUCAUGUGCAAUGUUGUUUUAGGCCAACCCUUGCCCCAAGCCCAGUCUCUUCUCCCUCCCCACCAUGUCCAGACCUCCCAAAUGGUUCUUGUGCAUCUGUUGGAGAAGUCAAGGGAGUAGGGAGAAGGGCCCCAAGGAUGGGCCCAGGUUAGGUGAAGAGUAGCAUGUGAGCUGAACUCCUCGAACUGAAGAGACCCACACUUGGUCACAUUCUCUCACGCUGCCUUCAGCAUCCCCAGCCCCCAACUCUUCUUCCUGAGGGUGGAAAUCCACUGCAGCCCCACUAGGACUGAUGUGGGUGCCAUACAGGCAGGAGCAGCCCACCAGGAAAGUGUAGGGAGGGAGCUGAACUCUCCAGAGUAGCUGGACCACAGAGACUUGGGUCAGAGCCGAUUUCAACCCCAGAAUUGUCUCUUGGGUUCACCCUACUCUUCUGAAGACGAAAAUUUGUUUGGGGCCUUGGUAACCAAUAGUGGUACAAACUCCAAGGCACUGUGGACUUGAGUCCGUUCCUAUCUGACCUCUUUUUGUCCCCCUCAAGCCUCAGGGGCCUCAAGCCCCUCCUUAGUAGCCCUUGGCUGACUGGGCCCUGAGCCCCAAACAUCCUUCUUCCCAACAACCCUCCUUCCCCUUCCUUCCCCCACCCUUACCUACACCCAAAGUGGAGCAGACUGCAGUCAGAUUCUCCAGGCGGGAGAUCCAAGCCUCCCUCCCGGGGGUGGAGUCCACUCUGGGCUUACUUCGAGGCCUGUUCUGUGGAGUGGUGAGCCAAGCUGGCACUCCUUGCCCUGGUCUUACCCAGGCGCUCUGUCCCCUUCUCACUUCCUGUGGGGCCGGAAUCUGUAUUUAUCCAUCCCCCUUUCCCUUCUUUAUAGAAGUCCCUGUCCUAAACUCCCUCCCUAGCCCAAGAGAGCCCCAGAACUGGGGAAGCCUGACCCAUACAGAAUGGGGAGGGCACUCUAGGCAGGAGAGACAUUAAUGAGCCUGGCUGCGGAGUGGCCCUGGAAAGGCAGGCCAGAGUGGCUGAGAGGCCGGGAGUGGGGGAGCCUGUUCUCUCAGCGAUAGUGAUGGGGGUGCCUUUCCGAGGGGGUGGGGUGGGAAGACCAAGGGGUGGGGGGUACAUAGGGUACAUUCAGGAGGGUUUUCCUCCAUUUCUUUUUUCUAACUGCCUGGAUUCACCAUUGGAUUUUGUAAAUGGAAAAACUGAAAUGAACAAUGCUAUAUUGGAUGUUUUCUCUUUCUGUGUGUGUGUGUGUGUGUGCGCGUGCGCGCAUGUGUCCUGUCUGACCACAUGUGGUGAGACAUGAUUGAGUGAUAGUGUGUGUCUGUGUGACUUUGUGUGGGGAGGCACUCCUGAGGAAAACUUGCCCAGUGCACACACGUAAACAAAUGCCUGUAUUAUGGGGACAGAUACAGCACGUGCAUGCAUGCACGCACAUACACACACACACACACACACACACACACCACAGUUGAGAGGAGACAAACUAGAGUAUGUGCCCGCGAUAGGAAGUAGAGUGUUCAAGAGACGGAUCUUGGAAACUACAUAUGUAGGUAGCAAGAGGGUAGACUCCCAUCUCACAAGAUGGGCCUUCCUUGGCCCAGGCCCUGAGCACGGGAGGGCUGGGGCCACCAGGGUACUUGAGAACCUCAUCUCCUCACAAAGCCUGUAGCCCCACCUGAACCCCGUCUCAGUCUCCUUCCCAAACUCAAACAAGGUGUUCCUAAAAUUGGACCACCAUGGAGAAUGGGGACUGGGAAUUGAGGAUCCAAUGUGAGGGAAACUGAUGGGGUUAGGAAAUGCCCCCUACAAAGUAAUGGCUUCUGGAGGGACUGCUCAGUCUGGGAUGGGAGCCCUUCCUAGGGGCCACUGUAUGCAGCUGGGACUUUGGUCAGCUUUGACCAAAUUUAGAGGGAGGGAUGUCAUGGGGGAAAAAAAACCCAAACCCAGGAGUCUACCCAGCCAGACUGCUCCCUAGACAGUUAAUUUACUAUCUAGUUAUUCUCUCAGGUGCACAGAAUUGAGUUGACCGUACUCCUCAGUUCUUGGCACACUAUAUCAUCGUUGGUCCAUGUGAGGCCCUUUUAUUUUUUUUCUUCAGUUUUGUCCCCUUCAUCACCCAUUCCUGAUCCCAUCCUCCCCGCCCCCUACAUAGGCACCCACUCUUGUGUAUUUAACGUACGUCCUUUCAAUCCACCGUUCAUGUGUUUAUUUACAUAUAUGUGUAUCUGUGAAAAAUGUAUGGUAUUGCUGUGUUUUAAUUUACAUAAACAGUAUUGUACUAUAAA